CUAUGAUUCAUGAUUCAUAACUCAUAACCAACAAUGGAGUUCUCAGCAUCCCACUCUAUACCAUGGCAAUUCCUUCUCCCUUCCCAUCUCCUCUUCCCAUAUGACUUCAUCCCUGAAAACUAUGUUCACUGGACUGAGACCCCUGAUUCUCACAUUUUCUCAGCUGAUAUUCCUGGUGUGAGGAAAGAAGAACUGAGAGUGGAGGUUGAGGACUCAAGGUACCUUAUAAUAAGAACAGAAGCAGUGGAUGAAUUCUCAAGUGAGCCAGCAAGGAAGUUCAGGAGGAAGUUUAGGCUUCCAGGGAGGGUUGAUCUUGAUGCAAUCUCUGCUGGCUAUGAAGAUGGUGUCUUAACCAUCACAGUUCCAAGGUCACUUAGGAGAGGCUUCUACAUUGACCCCAAUGAUGUUCCUCAUACAUUGGAUAAUGUUCUUGCAAGAGCUGCUUAAUUGAUUUAUGAGCUGCUGCCACUAUAGGCUUAAUUAAUUAACUAAUCAAUUCUGUGUUCUUGGGGAGAUUAUUAAUUUAUUAGACAUUGGUUAAUGCCUAAUGACUAUGUUAUGUAACUUUGCAUGAUUAUUUGGGUAUCUUGUUAUUUCUCAA